CAAUUAGAACGUGAAAUGACUGAAUUCAUCCUGGGGAUCAAUCAAAUUCGUGAUCAGUCAGAAUAUUCACCAUCUUCGCUUAUGAAUUGUAUACGGUUGCUAAGUGUUUAUAUAUUUAAGCAUCCUGAAUCAGUUAAUAAAUUUAACAUUAAUAAUCGAAAAGAAUUUCCACGAUUAUGGGAAGCAUUAAAUGGCAAGAUGAAGCAAUUAAAAAAAGAUGGAAUUGUAUCAAGACAUCACGAUCAUUUAACUGAUGAUGAAUUGAAACAAAUAUUUCAACAUCCUGCGCUUUCUAUUAAUAAUCCUGAAGGAUUACUUUAUCGAAUCUUUAUGUGA